CAGCCCCAUUCAGCCAUGAGAGCGGUUGUGCUGGCUCUGUCUCUGGCCCUAGUGGCUGGACAACAUUCUAGCCUUGCUCCAAUUUUUGCUCCUGGCAAAACGUAUGUGUAUAAUUAUGAGGUAUCCCUCAUGACUGGUCUACCUGAAAUGGGUUUGGGGAGAGCAGGAGUCUAUGGCAACUGCAAAUUUCUAAUCAGUGCCAUAGACCAAAACACAUUGGUGUUGAAGAUUGCAGAUAUUGAGAUAAAUGAGUUCAAUGGCAUCUGGUUAAAGGAUCAUCCAAAUCUCAUGAGCAUGCUUCCUAAGAUUAUGGAGCCAGAAACCAGCAUUCCAAUCAAGUUUGAAUACAGCAAUGGUACUGUUGGAAAAAUCUAUGCCCCUGAAAAAGUCUCAGAUUUUGUACUGAACUUCUACAAAGGCUUCCUGAACUUCUUUCAGCUUAACAUAAAAAAGACGCACAAUGUUUAUGAUCUGCACGAGGCUGGAAUUGAGGGUGUGUGCAAGACCCUCUACUCUGUCAACGAAGAUGUAAAGGCUGACCGAAUCUUAUUGACUAAAACUAGGGACAUAAACCACUGUCAAGAAAGGAUCUAUAGGGACAUGGGGUUGGCAUACACUGAGAAAUGUGAGGAGUGCCAGAAGAUAUCUAAGAAUCUGAGAGGUACAGCAUCAUACAGAUACAUCUUGAAGCCAGUUCCCAGCGGCAUCAUGAUCACGAAAGCAGAUGUAAAUGAGAUAAUCCAGUUCUCACCAUUCUCUGAGCAUCAUGGAGCUGCUCAAACUGAGAUUAAGCUAACCGUCGUCUUCCUUGAGAUUCAAAAUACCACCAUUACACCGAACCCUGUUGAGUAUCAUCACCGCGGAUCUCUCAAGUAUGAGUUCUCUAAAGAGUUUGAGUGGACACCCCUUCAGUUUGUCAAAGUCACUGAUUUGCAGGUCCAGAUCCAGGACCUUCUGGAUCAUAUAGUUACCCACAAUGCUGAGAAAGUCAAUGACAAUACUCCUUUGAAGUAUUUGGAAUUAAUUCAUCUUUUACGUCUUGCCUGCAAUGAAGAUCUGGAAGGGCUUUGGAGCAAGUAUAAAAAUAUUCCCUCUCACAGACUCUGGCUCUUGGAAGCUGUUCCAGCUUCUGGAACCACUACUGCUCUCAGAUUCAUCAAGGAGAAAAUUGUAGCUGAAGACUUAAGUGUUGUUGAGGCAGUCAGAACAUUGGCUGCAGCUGUUCACAUGGUUACAGCAAACCCAGAAACCAUCAAGCUUUUUGAGACCCUGAUGGAAGACAACAAAAUCAAUGCCAACCCAGUUCUGCGCGAGAUUGUCUUCCUCGGCUACGGCACAAUGAUUUCCAAAUAUUGUACAGAGUCAGAUAACUGUCUUGUUGAGUUUGUUCAGCCAAUCCAAAAGCAUCUCUCAGAGGCCGUUUCAAAGGGAGAGACAGAAGACAUCAUCUUGUAUGCAAAGGUUUUGGGAAAUGCAGGACACCCCAGUAGCCUCAAGUCAAUCACAAAAAUUAUGCCUAUUCACGGCACUGCUGCUGCAUCUCUGCCAAUCAGAGUCCAUAUUGAAGCCAUUAGGGCUCUGAGCAACAUUGCAAAGAAAGAAUCAAGAAUGGUCCAGGAACUGGCUCUUCAGCUCUACAUGGAUAAGGCUCUUGAUCCAGAACUUCGUAUGCUCUCAUGCAUUGUCCUGUUUGAGACCAAUCCUUCAAUGGCCCUGAUUUCCACCCUCGCCAAUGCUGUUAAGUCAGAGGAAAAUUUGCAGGUUGCCAGCUUCACAUACUCUCACAUGAAGUCCAUGAGCAGGAGUGCUUCUGUUAUUCAUCCAUCAGUGGGUGCAGCUUGCAAUGUUGCCAUGAAGAUCUUGAGUCCAAAGCUGGACAGACUGAGCCUACGUUUUAGCAAAGCCAUCUAUGGGGAAUCCUAUAGCAGCUAUUUUAUGCUUGGUGCUGCUGCUACCGCUUUCUACAUCAAUGAUGCUGCCACCUUCCUGCCAAGGUCUGUUGUUGCCAAGACAAGAGCCUUCUUUGCUGGAGCUGCUGCUGAUGUUCUGGAGAUUGGAGUGAGAACUGAUGGACUGCAAGAGACCCUUCUGAAAAACCCUUCAGUUCUUGACAGUGCAGACAGGAUCACCAAGAUGAAACGUGUUAUCAAGGCUCUGUCUCAUUGGAGGUCCUUGCCAAACAACAAACCUUUAGCUUCCUUUUAUAUCAAACUGUUUGGACAGGAGAUUGCCUUUGCAAACAUCGAUAAACCCAUGAUUGAACGGGCUAUUGAGCUUGCCAGUGGACCCUCUGUUCAGACAUAUGGUAUAAAGGUUCUUAAGACUAUGCUCCUCUCUGGUGUCAGUUUCAACUAUACAAUGCCUGUGAUGUUUACUGAGGUGCGACGCGUAAUACCCACUAGUUCUGGCCUUCUAGUGGAACUCAGUCUUUUUUCUGCUGCUGUGGCUGCAGCUGUUGUAAAAAUUAAACCAACUCUGUCACAACGUCUGCCUGAAGACUUUCCUCUCUCUCGCCUUCUGGAAACAGAUAUCAAACUUGAGACUGAGGUCAAUCCAAGUUAUGCUAUGGCCACAUAUGCUGUAAUGGGAACAAACACUCCAAUUUACAAUCAGUUAAUAGUGUCAAGAGUUAAAUUUAACUCAACUCUGCCCUCCAAAAUCUCUGCAAAACUUGAUAUUAAAGAGGGUGACUUCAAGAUAGAAGUACUUCCUGUUUCUGCUCCUGAAAACAUCACAGCUGGAAGCGUUGAGACCUAUACUGUGGCAAGAAACAUAGAAAACCCAACAGUUGAAAAAAUCACUCCAAUCUUGCCUAGCAAAGUUUUGGAAUCCUUCCCAAUUCAGAUUCUUUCAAACAAGGACUCUUCUUCUGCAGAGAUAUCCUCAGAAAUCAUUGAGGAAGAUGACAAACAAAAGGUUCCAUUCUUUGUUAAGAGAUAUUGUACCAAGCACCGUGCCAUUGGACUCAAAGCCUGCUUCAAGGUUGCCACUGAAAAUGCUGCUUUUAUCCACGAUACUGCCCUAUACAGAAUGAUUGGAAGUCAAAAUGCUUCCUUCUCUAUAACACCAAUUGAAGGUGAAGCAGUGGAGAGACUGGAGAUGGAGGUUAAAGUUGGAGCUAAAGCAGCAGAGAAGAUCAUUAAGCAAAUCAACUUGAAUGAUGGGGCAGCAACAGUGCUGUCAAAGCUCAACAAAAUCCUGGCUUCAAAUAAGAACCACACUUUAUCCUCCUCCUCAAGCUCCAGCAGCAGUUCUUCCUCAAAGCAUUUCUACAAAUCCUCAUCCUUUAGCUCUUUCUCUCAUCAAAGUAGCACUAGCAGCAGCAGAAGCAGUCACAGCAGCAGAAGCAACAGCAAUAGCAGCAAAUUGAGCUCCUCAAGAUCCUUCAGCAAUUCAUCGAGAUCAAGCUCUGCAUCAAGCCUUGCUUCCCUGUUCAGUGCUGAAUCAAGCUCUUCUCGUGACAGUGCUCGUCGUUCAAUGCAAAAGGCCAAUUCUCACAGGUUUAGGAAGAGCCACAAAAACCAGACUUUGUCAGAAGAGCGUUCGAGAAGCAGAAGCUUAAAAAAAAGAAACAUUUUUUUUCAGUCGAAUGCAGUUUGAACAAUGACACACUCAGAACAUUUAACAACAGAAGAUACAAG